AUGAAGCAAUCGAGCUGUCUUGGAACUGCUUUUCAAUCUUGUCAGAAGCUGAAAUAUUCAGACAUCUGGAAAACUGUAGAGAUCGGGAAUCAUGCGCCUCUGUCUGUUGGAGAUGGGCCGACAUAUUGGUCUCAGGGACCAGACUUUUGGAGCCCCUUCAGUGUUCAUCAAGCUGUUCACCGUUGCUUUCACCUGUCUGAUGCUGAUGAUGCCAAGCUUGUGGCAGCUGUUGUUGCUAUACAUUCAAGGGAUGUGGUGACUGAUCUUGAUCUUCGUAAUGGACCACGUGAGGCUAUUUUUGCUGGUGCUCCUCAGCUCACUGAUAGUGCUAUUCGUUUUGUAACCACUGCAUGCCGUAACCUGAAGUCUGUUUGUCUCGUCAACUGCUUAUCUCUCACAAACAAAGCUGCAUGGAUCAUUGCUUCAAACUGCCCUGCAUUAGAAAAUCUCGUGAUUUUACAGUCUUCAAUCAGUGAUGAUGGUCUUUCACAGGUUGCUAAGCAAUGCACAAACUUAAAGUCCCUCCGUAUUGAAGGGAGCUUGUCCAUCACUGAGGCAUCACUAAGAGCCCUAGUGCAGGAUUCCAAGAGACUUGAGUCUCUUGCUCUGGGAAGCUGUCCUCAAAUUCGAGAAGACGCCGUCUUGUCCUUACUGAUGAACCAACCUUAUCUAGACAAGCUUGAGCUCAAGGGCAUGAUGGCUGGCGAGUCACAUUGGAUUGGUGCAAGACAAUCAUCGGCCCUCAAUAGGCAUUGUCGCUUGUUUUGCCAGCUCUCUAGUCUCAUCCUGGUGAAGUGCCCAGGUUUACAGGACCUGGGCAUGCUCAAGUUUGCCAGAAUUCACUUCCGAAUGCUACGGCAUUUGGUGAUUGAUGACUGCAGAGUGACAGACAGGGGCCUGAUAUGGCUGGUGGGUGAUGCCAUGAAUCCCAUGAAGCUUAAGAUCAUUAAACUUGCCAGGUUCCAAUUUUUUACAGCUGCAGCUGCAAUGAAAGUAAUGUCCUUGGUCUGCGAAACAAUUGAAUCAAUAAUUCUGGAUUCAUGUGAUUUUGGCAUAAUGACGCCACUUCAUCUUGAUGGAGCUGUGGCCCGGUGGUGUCCGAAGCUGAGGGUCUUCAGAAUGGAGCACUGUGAGAAAAUUAUGUACCUCUUCUUGUCAUGGGUCGACAAAGCCUGCCGUGGGCUGAAGGAGAUUAGGCUCAUUGGAUCUCCAGCACCUGUUCGUAUCGCAAGCUGUCUAAGCAGCAUCCUGCACCGCAAUAGGAUCGCAAAGAUUGAAAUGAGGUCCUGCCAUGUUACAGACAUGCAUGUUUGCAUUAUUGCACGAUCCUCCCUGGAAGCUCUGCCGGAACUCAUCCUGGACGAAUGCCCAAAGAUCUCAGGCAACUUUACGGUGUUUCUCAGAGCGCAGUGCCCCAAUCUGAUCAAGCUGGGCUUAAAUCGUGUUCAAAUCAACAACAGCGACAUCGAGAGCCUCAUGGUUGCAGGAUUUGAGCACCUUGAGGAGCUUAAUCUAAUGGGAUGCCCCUUGAUCACCGACAAUGUUCUGCGUAUCUUGGCCACAUCAUCCUUGCCAGAGCUUAGGAGAGUGAAUUUGUCGGACUGCCCUAAUGUUACGCAGGAGACCGUUGACAGCUACCGGCGCUACUGUCGCUGGGAGAUCGAGAACUAAGGGAGCAGAACCUCCAGGACAAGAAUAAACUUGGCUGCGAGAUGCUGGUUUCAGCUUUUUCUCGUGUACAAUCUGGUAUUCUGGUACCGGGUUCCAUGUGUUACCCUGAAAUCAGCUUGCCUGGGUUUUCAUCUUAAACUGGUAUUUUACUUUCGAACUUUUUCCGCCAUGUGGAACCGAAGCAUGAGGUUGUUGGUUACCGCAUUCGACAACGUGGGUGCUGCUGCUGCGUAUGUCUAGCUCUGCAGUGCAGGUUUUGUUUGUCGCAAUACAAGAUGAAGAAAAAAAAAGUUGAUUUGGUCGA